UCAAUAACAAACAACAUGGCGUGCUAUGCACCAGUAGUUUACAUUAAAAUAAAACGGUCGUCGUCAGGAGUUUAUUGUAUUGCCCCAGGCUGCACAAAUGGUAUUAUACGAAGAAGGAAGAAGUACAUUUCCAUAGGCUGCCACUAACGGAUGAGAAGCUGCUCAAAGCAUGGGUUAUUUCCAUGAAACGGUCCGAUCCGCCGCUGAAUCAGUACGCACGUGUGUGCAGCGAACACUUUAAAAAUGACGAUUAUGUCCACAAAAUGAGGUUUGAUGAGUCUGGAUGCCUGGUUCAAUACAAAACAUCGGAUUUGAAGCCAGGAUCUGUUCCCACAAUAUUCGAUUUCUCAACGUAUGCAGUCGGGAACACCGACCGUCCCAGCACGUCGGCCGCGCAAGACAAUGACAGUGUCAACAAACGGGAAGUUCGAGCCACCAAACGAGUUGCUUCAGCUGCCGAGAGAGAGGUCAAACGAGCUGUCCAUACUGCUGCAGGAUUGUUGUCCUGUCAGACAGAAGAUACAUCCUGCAUAGGUGCUGAUGAUGCAAGUGAUGAUUCCCAGGUACUGGAGGCACACACAACUAAACGUGGGCAGUCAGUGACUGUGGCCACACAGACGGAACCACUGGAACCAUGCCCGUGUAAAACUGUGACUUUGGUGAGUGUGCAGACUGGGACCGAUGACAUCAACAACAGUCAGUUGCUCAGUCAUGAUCAUCCAUAUUGCGUCAGCAGGGACAUUGCUGGUGGAUCCGCCACACUGGCACCUGCAGAUGCAAUGGCCAAAGCACCACCGAGUCCAACAGCUGAUGUGUCAAUGCCUGAAAAAGAUGCUUCCAGCUCUGGGGAGAGCAUUCCAGGUACUGAGCCUUCUUCGUCGGACUACAGCCCUACUGAAGAUGACAUUAUACAGAAUGACAGCGAAGACAGCGAGGAUGAUGGAGAACAUUCAGUGGAUGGCGGAGAAGAUCCAGUGUCAGACAAAAAAUAUCUGGUAUCCCAUGCACAACUGAUGAAGCUGUUUUGUGUAUGCAACUUUGCCGGAUGCGGAAAAUGUGUGAUCAGCAGGCCGUACUGUUCAGCCAAAGGCUUUGGACUGACAGUGAAAACUGACUGCAUAGAUGGCCAUGAAUUUGUGUGGACUUCUCAACCCCUCUUAAAUGGCACAAUGUCCUGCAACCUGUUAGUGCCAGCCGCGAUUUUCCUGACUGGAAAUGCUUAUGGCCCAUUUUCUGAGAUAUGCCAGUGUCUGGGCCUGGAAUAACUCUCGACAAGACACUGCUAUAACAUCCAGAGAGUGUAUGUGCUGCCGGAAGUUACCAGUGUCUGGAACUUGCACAAUUAGGCAGUGAUGGCAGCAACUGGCGAUCAGGUUGUCACUGUGUCAGGCGAUGGGCGAUGUGACAGCCCUGGUCAUUGUGCUACGUUUGGAACGUACACCAUGCUUGAUAUCAACUCAAGGCUCAUCAUUGCCCAGCAGACAGUGAAGGUGACAGAGGUCAAAAAUAGCUACUGGUUGGAGCCUGUUGGACUUGAAAGAUGUAUUUCCAAACUACAGGAUCACAAUGUGACAAUUUCCAUACUAGCCACAGACUGCCACCCUGCAGUGCAGAAGAUGCUACGUGAGGACCACAAGACCAUCAAGCAUGAGUUUGACUUGUGGCACAUUGUGAAAGGUGUGAAGAAGCGGAUGCUGCAGAGCAGGAAUACCGAGCUGAAGGAGUGGGUGCGCAUGGUAUCCAACCAUCUUUGGUACUGUGUGUGUACAUGUGAUGGUGACGCGUUACUGCUGAAGGAGAAAUGGACGUACAUCCUCCAUCAUAUCAUCAAUGUUCACGAGUGGCUGUCGGCAGAGAAGAUGCUGAAGUGUGAACACGAGCCUUAUUCUGAAGAGGAUGGGAGUUCCCGACCUUGGUUGGAGCGUUCAUCCAAGGCCUUUGGCACUCUACAGAAAGUGGUCAUGGACAAGAGACUGUUGAAAAAACUAUAAGGUUACAGAAGGGAUCCAUACUGGCGAGCUGGAGAGCAUCCAUUCUUUGUAUACAAAGUACGUUCCAAAGCGCAAGAAGUUCACGGAGGAGAGCUUUCAGGCACGCCUCGCUGCAUUGGAUCACAACCACAACAUCGACCGUGAGCAGGCACAGACCAAGAAGGGGGCACUGCAGUUCAAACUGCAGUACUCGAAGCCUGCUGGAGGAUAUGUGGUGAAGGCGAUGAAGACACCAAAAAGCUACAACUUCCGAAGAGAAAUCAUGGUAGGGGUAGUCGAGAGGUGUUUAUCAGCAUCGUCCAUGAGGUCCGAACUUGCAGAACACCGUCAUACAGAUGCAGAGAAGGAGAAAAGGACACUUGGUGCGCAUAAAGGCCUGGUAAAACCAUCGAAGGAGGAUGCUGUGGCACACCACCUAAGUCGAUUUGUGAACAAGUAAUGUCGGUCUCUAUGUGUCUGUCGUAUAUACGAAGCCAGCCUGUGGGGCUCAAUGUGUCUGUGGUGUAUGAAGCUUAGUCAACCUGUGGGGCUCUGUGGCAAAUAAAUAAAGGACGUCUAUGGCUGAAGUAAUAUAUGUUGGUAGUAUUUGUAUAUUAUUAUUUGAAGGGUAAAAACAGUUUGGUUCAGGAAAAUGGUCUUUAUUACUUUAUGAACAUCGAGCACUGAAAAACAUUUGUAGAAUCUAGUGAGAUACAUGUAUAUGCUUGAUAAUAUAAGUUGUAAAUACUGUUCUGAUAUAUCACAAACAUUGUAUGAAUGGUUCCAUUAUCAAAGUAGAAUUUUCUUCGCUAGCCUAAAUGUCACGAUUUCACUGUCAAAGAUUUGCCUUCCAUGCAUGGAAUCAUUGGUCACAUCAUAUCCCUCCAGAAU